CCAUUUUGAGAAUAAUCAAAAGAAAAGGCAUUGCCUUAUAUCAAUACUCAUCCCUAUCUUGCACCUGAAGACUUUGGAGGAAUGUAGAGAGAUUCAAGAAAACCCAAAAAACAAAACACUUUAGAUUUUUUUUUUUGGUUGAAUCGAAUCUGUUUUUUUUCAACUUCAAACUUUUUUUUUCCCUCCGUUCAAUAUAUCAUUGAACUUACAACAAAAUCAUAUGUUUCUGUGGCAAUUUGUGUCUUUCAUGCUUGUUAUUUGAUGGAUAACAUCAACUUUGAAUUCUCAAACGCUUCACAAGAAAGCCGGCUACAGUCGCAGCCGUUUAAUUUACAAGAUUUGAAUAUGAUUCAAUACAAUCAACCACCAUCUCCUUGGACUACCGAAACCUUCUCUGGUCUUUCUCCGUACGAUUGCACUGCCAAUCAAUCUUUUCCCGUACAAUGUUCAUCUUCAAAACCCUACCCUUCCUCGUUUCAUCCGUACCAUCAUCAAUCUUCUGAUCCUCCAUCAUUAGACCAAUCUGUAUCGAUGCUUCCUAUGCAGCCUCUUCCGGAUCAAUAUUUGAAACCAUUCUAUCAAAGAUCAUGCGCGAAUGAUUUCGCCGCAACAAAUGCAUCAUCAGCCUCAUACUCGCUUUCUUUUGAAGCAAAUCAUGAUCCACAAGAACUAUGCAGGAGGACCUAUAGUAGUUCUAAUGUAACACAUCUGAAUUUCUCAUCAUUACAACCUAAACAAAAUCAUCCAAGAUUUUCUUCUCCUCCUUCAUUCUCAACCCAUGGAGGGUCGGUGGCUCCUAACUGUGUGAACAAGACACGGAUAAGAUGGACUCAAGAUCUUCAUGAGAAGUUUGUGGAGUGCGUUAAUCGCAUUGGUGGUGCUGAUAAGGCAACGCCCAAGGCGAUAUUGAAGUUGAUGGAUUCUGAUGGACUCACAAUAUUUCAUGUUAAAAGCCACUUACAGAAGUAUAGAAUUGCGAAAUACAUGCCCGAGUCUCAAGAAGGCAAGUUUGAGAAAAGAGCUUGUGCGAAAGAGCUGUCUCAGCUUGACACAAGAACUGGAGUGCAAAUUAAAGAGGCACUUCAGCUUCAACUAGAUGUUCAGAGGCAUCUUCAUGAACAACUAGAGAUUCAACGAAACCUACAACUAAGAAUCGAAGAACAAGGGAAACAACUGAAAAUGAUGAUGGAACAACAACAAAAAACGAAAAAGAGUCUUCUAAAGCCACCAGACGCUGAAGCAUCAUUGUGUCUUCUCGCUUCCGAUGACUCUCCUCCUUCGCCUUUCUUGGUACAAGACACUGAAGCCUUGAUGCUAACAAGUUAUGAAGACACUCAACUCCAGUCAAAGAUAAGUUGAAAAAAUGAGAGAGUAAUGGCUAAAUAGAAAAGGCCUAAAGCAUGUUUCUACUCUAUUCAAAGUGGUGUAAAGUUAUAAGAGUCGCGACAAGAGAAUGUCCAAAGUGCUGCUACACACACUAACACUUGAGAACAGAAUCAGGUACUAAAUGUGAGCAAGUGGUGUGUGAGGCAUAGACUAAUAAUAGAUGUGUGAGAUUAUUCUUCUUAACUAUUUUGUGUUUAAAAAACUCACACAAAGAGAUAGCUUUUUAACAUUGUGCAUUAGAAACCCCACCUUUUAAUCCUUUUGCUUU